GAGAGGAACCCACAGCAUUGCGUCCUGGGAAAACUUACCGAAACCCCUGUUUUCUUCUUCAGCCUUCUAUUUUCCUCGCGAAGGCGCACACCUCUAAAUCUCAACUCUACCGGAGAAUUCACCACAUUAGGGUUUUCUCUCUCUCUCUCUCUCUCUCUCUUCCCUGGUAAGAUCUCCGACCCCAAAUCUUCUGUUUCUUUCAUUUUUUUUUUUUUGCUGUUAGAUGAUGCUUUCUUUGGAAUUCUAGACACACUUUUACUUCCCAACUCACUUGAAAAUUUAACAAACAAAAAACCCUAACUUCCAAGAAUGGACGACGGCGACGGAGCCGAUCAGUUCCACCGUAACGAGGCCAUCUCGGCCGUCGCCGACGACGGCUUUUUAGCCGAGGAGGACGACGACUACGAGGACCUCUACAACGAUGUGAAUGUCGGCGAGGGGUUUUAUCAGUCUAUGAGAAAGAACGAGGAUUUAGGGUUUAAAAACGAGGCCGUGGAGGAGAAGAAGGUUGAGUUGCCGGAGGUUUCGGCUCCGCAACUUCAAGGCGCUCCGAUACCGAGCUCCGGGGGCGGUGAGGGUAGGGGUUCGGGGUUCGGUAAUCAGAAUCUAGGGUUUAGAGGGAACGAGAUGGGCGCGAAAGGGAGUGGUGGGUUGGGAGGGCCUAUUGGCAGUGGAGGUGGGAUGAGGAUUGAAUUAGGGCAAGCGUCGAGUAAAUUGAAUGAGUUUGAGCACCAAAGUGGGAAUAAUGUUGGUCUUGGGGUUCAAGGGAUUGGUGCUCAGCAUCAGCAACAAUUACAACCGCAAUCGCAACUGCAACCUCCACAGCAACAUCAACAGUUACACGGUGGUGCUGCUGCUGUUGGGAGUGUGGGAAAUGUGGGGAAUGAGGGUUUCUUGAGGCAACCUGGUGGUGUCGGAGGGGGGAAUGUGAACGGUGUUGGUGGGAACAGUGGUCCAGGAGGAGGAUUCAGUGGAGGUGGUGCAGGUGGGGCAACAUUGUAUGUGGGGGAUUUGCACUGGUGGACAACGGAUGCAGAGCUGGAGGCGGAGUUGUGCAAGUAUGGAGCUGUGAAGGAAGUGAAGUUUUUCGAUGAGAAAGCCAGUGGGAAGUCAAAAGGAUAUUGCCAGGUAGACUUCUAUGAUUCUGCUGCUGCCAUGGCCUGCAAGGAUGGGAUGCAUGGGCAUUUGUUUAAUGGGCGGCCAUGUGUUGUUGCUAUUGUAUCACCCUAUAGUGUUAAGAGAAUGGGGGAGGCUCAAGUGAAUAGGAACCAGCAGGUAACCCAAACUGCACAAGCUCAACCAAGGAGGGGGCCUAAUGAUGCUGCUGGGAAUAAAGCUGGUGGGAGUGCCAUAACAACAGGUGGGAAUUAUCAAGGUGGGGAUAAUAACAGCAGAGGUUAUGGGAGAGCUAACUGGGGGCGAGGUAAUUCUCAGGGUAUGGGAGGUAGAGGCCCAGGUGGUCCAAUGAGGAAUAGGGGUGGAAUGAGUGGCAGAGGUAUAAUGGGGAAUGGUGGAAACGGGUUUGGGCAAGGUAUGGGGGCAACCCCUCCUUUGAUGCACCCUCAGUCAAUGAUGGGUCAGGGCUUUGAUCCAGCUUUUGGCGCUCCAAUGGGAAGAAUGGGGAGUUAUGGAGGCUUUCCAGGAGCUCCACAGCCUCCUUUCUCUGGGAUGAUGUCUUCAUUCCCACCGGUGGGGGGUGUUGGGCUGCCUGGAGUAGCCCCUCAUGUGAAUCCUGCAUUUUUUGGACGAGGGAUGCCCAUGGGAAUGAUGCCGACAUCAGGUGUUGAUGGGCCUAAUAUGGGAAUGUGGCCAGAUCCUAAUAUGGGGGGUGGAUGGCCUGGUGAGGAGCAUGCUGGUGGCAGAGCUGGGGAGUCUAGUUAUGGUGAGGAAGCUGGUUCUGACCAUCAAUAUGGUGAGGGUAGUCAUGAUAGAGGUGGGUGGCAGAAUGCUAUGAAGGAGAAAGAUAGAGGUUCAGAGAGGGACUGGUCUGGAUCUUCUGAUAGGAGGUAUCGGGAAGAUAGGGAUCAAGGGUUUGACAGAGACAUGCCAAGAGAGAAAGAAGUGGGUCAUGACCAUGAAAGAAGGCAUCGGAAUGAUGUAGAUGUUAAUCGAGAGCGGGACAGAGAGCGUGAUAGGGGCCGAGAACGUUCUCGAGAUCGUGAUCGUGACAGGUACAGGGAAGAUAGAGAAAGAUAUGCUGAUCAUCCUAAAUACAGAGAUCGUGAAACGGUGCACCAGGAUGAAAUAGAAAGGGGGAGGUCUACAAGGACCCAUAAUAAGGCACGCUUAUCUGAAGAUGAUGACCGUCGUUCAAGAUCUAGGGACCGCCGUUCAAGAUCUAGGGAUGUUGAUUAUGGGAAGAGGCGGCGGCUUACUUCUGAGUAGUUUCUUUGUUUUGGUUAGUUCCUUGAGAAACAAAGAAAUGUGAAAGAAACUCUCGGCUUUGGCACGCUUAUUGGACUUUUCUUUGGAUCCUUGUUUCUUCAAUGGCUGCGCUGCUUUCACUUCCUUGCUUCUACAUAACAGGAGUGCAGUUUAAUACUGUGUGGUCAAAGAAGUAGGGUACGCAUGCAUCUGAGAUCAGAGGAAGACCACUGUGGUCAUUGCUAGUUACAUCACAGUUAAGGUCUAUAGAUUUGUAACUUUUAGUUGAAUUGAAUGUGGUUGCCUCUCCUUUCAAUGAUCAUUUAGGCUGCUAAGAUGAUUUUUAUUAUUAUUCUAUACCGUUUUACCCAAUUGGUCUGGGAUUCGAACUGUCUCAUGGUAUUUAUUUGCUGUCUGCUAGAGUUUCCUACCUCCAAAAGAUUUCUAGUGCGGGUACAAAGUGGGUUUCGGACUUCCUAGGUAUUAAAAAACUUGCAAUAUUCGCUUGAGGUUGAUCUAGAUACUUCUUACCAGUAGGAGAGUUAGAAAACUGUCCUUAUUCUGUGUGCAGCUUCUUACUGCAAAUGAUUUGUUUACUUUGAUAUUAUAAGCAACUUGAUUUGGAUCCUGUCUUUGCAUAGCUACACCUAGCUGCCUUCUUGCUCCCUUUGUUCAGUUUUUUGUCAGUAAAAACGCUUGCUUAUUAUUUGUAAUGAUUCUACUUCACAUAUAGUGUAAGAUGCUUCGUGUAAUAUGGUUUUACAUUGUACUAAGGUUCUGCAUUACAUGUAAUAUUUUUGAUCACAUAACUACUGUUUACCCCUUAUUUUGCUUAUUCAGAUGCUUGCCCCGACCACGCCCCCAAUUGUAUCUGUUGAUAUUUCUUGCAUUUGUGAUCCAUCCUUGGCAGUUUCAGACUUUCAGGAUAUGUUAUUAAUGAUUAUCCUAUAUUGCUUUUUUUUUCUGUUUCG